CAAACUUUGCAUAGAGUGCUGCGUAAUUGAGUGCAACCAGAAGGAGUCCAAUUUGUUUCUGAAUUAUUUAAAGUUUGUGUGAAAAAAUGUCGAGACACCUAAGAUCUGGUUAGAUGUAAGGGUAAUUUAUAGAACUUCGUCGCACACCUGUUGAAUUUUGGGUUGUUAGAUAAGUUGAAGUUGCGGGUGCCAUCGUUCAGAAUAUAUGUACUUAUGUAUGUACAUAUGUACAAGUAUAGUAUAUACUUGGAAGUGAAAAAUCAAUAUUCGCGAGCAUAUGCUAACAAAGUACUUUGAUAAGCCCAAUGCUCUGAAUAUAUUGCUAUUAAUCAAUCUGGGCUGUGUGUACCGCCCACAACUACAGCAAGCAACACCAACACUUCAAUUGUGGAGAAGCCUCGAGUUCAGAACCUGCCACGACCCUGAACUUUGCAGUGAACUCGCGAAAGCGCAGACUGCAAAACAACAUGGCCAGUAUGGGUCGUUUUGGUAAGUUCAACGCAAAAGCGGAGAGAGAGGAACUGGCUGCCAGCACAGCUUUGCUGAAAUCAUCGCCCAACAUUUUGGAAAAUUUCCCGUACGACGAUUUCUCCGUGGAGCACGCCCAGCUGAAGCGCAUGGCCACUUCACCGCAGGCGCCGCGAUUUAGCGAAACACUAGAGCGACAUGCUUUCAUCCGUAACGUGAUCAACACCCAGCCGUGCACGGGUCGCAAUGGCGAGCGACGUUACUCCACUCCCGGCGAGCAGCAGGCGCAUGUUCGACGAAGUUUGGAGGAGAUUUCUAAGGAUAUCAAAGAGAUCGAGCAGUUUCUGACCGCCACGGAGCAGGUAAUGCAGCGCGAAAAGCAAGUAGAGCAGGCCAAGGAGCAAAUAAAACGUAAGCGUGACUACCCCAACAAAGAGAACAAGACGCCCAGCCCAACUAAGAAAGUGACCUACAAGAUCAAUGCCUACAAGGUACCGCAGCGACGCCAGCGCCCGAAUAGUCCCCACUUCUAUUAUUCCCGAUUGUAUCUUCGCAACGGACGCAUUGGGUGCGUGGAAGCCGAGAAACAGGCGAACAAUAUUGAGAGCACACAUGCAUUAGUUAAAAAGAUUCUCCGAUAUGAGCACGAAAAGCCACUAGUCAGUCCGGCGAGUGUACGACGUGUCUUGACCGGUCGUGGCAGAGCAACGACAGAGGCUAUAGAUCUGACUCCACUACCGGGCGCUGUGCCCCUGGAGGUGCAACGUCAAGCGGAACUGACGGCAGCCACGGGACAGGUGAUAAUCCCAAAGGAGCCGGACCAUUGCGACAGCGUUUCGCAGGCCGUCUUCGAUGUGGACGACGACGAACAGGAUGUGCAAAUAUGCUACAAUGAGUCACCUGAACUGCAGAACGAAGACCGCAAUAUCCGUGCAGUUCGUUCGCCUUCCCUGAACACCAGUGAAAUUGUAGCUGUCCUUGAAGCUGAUGAAGAUGUGCCCACAGCCAUGUCCACGAUGCACAGUCAACGCUUAAGUAGUGCUGGUAGCCUAGAUUCUCAGAGUCAAAAGUUCUUGCGCGAUCAGGUGCGCCAUUUGGUUAGACGAUUUACGGCGCGAGCCAACAAAGUCAAGUCGCGUAUUGAACAGCCACCCACGCCCUCAAGCAGCGCAGGUUCAUCAUCGCCACCCCCACCGCCGACAUUGCAUGCAAGUACCAAGACCCUGCAUCCUUCUCCGGAGCACAAGGUUCGUCUGGUGCCCGCCGGACAAUCGCCACAUCGCGGCCGUCUCUUCGAGGCCGAUACACCACGCUCCAAUGUCUGGCUUUGCUCCAGUUUGUGUGGCGCCAACAAUGAUGAGCGUACACUUGAUCCGCAGGGCAAAAUCUAUAUUUCUUGGCUUUGUGUGGUCUCACUGUCGUUCCUGUAUAAUGCCUGGGUUAUUCCACUCCGUGCGGCCUUUCCCUUUCAGAAUCAGCAGAACACGAAUAUUUGGCUGGCCUGUGAUUUCUGCGCAGACAUUAUAUAUUUGCUGGACGUGGUGUUUUUCAAGCAUCGCGUCAUGUAUCUGUUCGAAGGGUUUUGGGUGAAGAACAAGAAUCUGACGCGGAAAAAUUAUAUGCGAAAGCUUCAAUUCAAGUUGGAUCUCUUAGCACUGUUGCCAUUAGAGUUGUUCUACCUAAAAUAUGGAACGGCCGCCGUUUGGCUACGUUUUCCACGCUUCUUCAAGAUUCAAAGCUUUUGGGAGGUGUUUCGUCUGCUAGAUCGUGUAAUUUCCUCACCACACUUCGUGCGUGUAGCGAAGACGCUGACCUACAUGCUGUACAUGAUACACAUCACAGCCGCUCUUUACUAUGCUUACAGCGACUACCAAGGAUUGGGACAAAAUCGUUGGGUCUUCAGCGGUAAGGGUCAUCCUUAUGUUCGCUGCUUUGCAUUCGCCACCAAGACGGCCACCUCUAUUGGAAAAAAUCCUAAGCCGGAGCGUUUGGGGGAGUAUGUCUUCAUGACGGUGGCCUGGUUAAUGGGCGUCUUCGUUUUUGCGUUGCUCAUUGGUCAGAUUCGCGACAUUAUCUCAACGGCCACGCGUAACAAGCACGAGUAUCGACAGCUAGAGGACGAGACUCUGGAGUACAUGAGACGUUUGAAUUUAUCACACGAGGUGCAAUCACGUGUCAAGAUGUGGUUUCGUUUCACCUGGGAGCAACAACGCACUCUAGAUGAGUCCAACAUUCUGGAUGCCUUACCUAUCAAUCUAAAGACAGAUAUAGCCAUUUCAGUGCACAUUCACACGCUUUCAAAGGUGCAGCUCUUCGCCGACUGCGAAGAAGCACUGCUUCGAGAUCUGGUGCUCAAGCUGCGCGCUGUUACCUUUCUUCCGGGUGACUUUGUGUGCCGGAAGGGCGAGGUGGGUCGCGAAAUGUACAUCGUUAAGCUCGGCCAGGUGCAGGUUAUGGGAGGUCCGAGUAGCGACGUGGUGCUGGCCACACUAACCGAAGGGUCUGUUUUCGGAGAGAUCAGCUUACUUGGAAUUAAUGGCGCUGAUCGGCGAACCGCCGAUGUACGCUCCAGAGGUUAUUCCAAUCUGUUUGUGCUCUCAAAGUCAGACCUAAGCGAGGUCAUCGCUUACUAUCCCAAUGCCCAAGCCAUUCUCAAAAAGAGGGCGCGCCAGCUGAUGCGAAAGAAUGCGGCAAGAGAACGCGAGGAAGAGCGGGAGCGGGCCAGGAGUGCACUGCAGGCAGACGUGGUUAUCGGUAAUCCAAAGACACCAGAGACGCCGCCUAAGCUGCUUCAGACAGUCAUACAGGCACUACCCUACGAGUCACCAGCGGUCAUGCUCAUCACCCGCGGCUCUAAGCGCAUGCGUCGUAAGAGACAUUCGUCGCAAAUGGAGACCAUUGUGGAGCCUACAUUGGAUGUGAGUGGUCACAAUGAUGUAUUGUGCAUGGAUGCUGCCUCAGUCAAGCCAGGUCGGGGCUCCCCAGAUCUACUAUCAUCCAUUCAGAAGGAGCUCGAGUCUAAGCACAAGUUUAUCAAUUUGACCGACUCGGAGAAGGCUUUGAUUAUAACGCAUUCGACGAAUAACUCCAUGGAAUGUGUGCAGGAGGAUGUCUAGGGUUAUUUAACAAAUAGAAUUGCGGUGUAGGUUGCGGUACAUGCAACACAAAUACCAAGUAUGUGCGCUUUAUAGAUAAAGUUGUCUAACAAUAUGCUUUAUUAAAAACUAUACUAUUUAAACA